UCUACUACUACUAUAGCUCAACACGAUGACACAGCCCAUACCAUUACCACUGCAGAAGCUCCACGGCAAGGUGGCCAUCAUCACCGGCGCCGCCAGCGGUAUCGGAGCAGUCACGGCGCGUCACUUUGCAGACCACGGCGCUCUGGCCGUCGUGAUUGCUGACAUCCAAGACGCCAAGGGCCGAGAAGUGGCUGCAUCCAUCGGCUCCCACCGCUGCACCUACGUCCACUGCGACGUCACCGACGAGGAUCAGGUCAAAACCCUGGUCGAGUUCACGGUCAAGCACUACGGCAGCCUCGACGUCAUGUACAGCCACGUGGGGAUAACCAGCGCGUCGGCGCAGACGGUGCUGGAGCUCGACCUGUCCGGGUACGACAGGGUGAUGGCGGUGAACGCGCAUGGGAUGGCGGCGUGUGUGAAGCACGCGGCGCGUGCGAUGGUGGAGAAGGGGGUGAAGGGAAGCAUAGUGUGCGCGACUAGCAUCUCGGCGACCUGCGGGGCGGUGAGCAUGACGGACUACACGAUGUCGAAGCACGCGGUGCUGGGGCUGGUGAGGUCGGCGAGCGUGCAGCUGGCGCCGCGUGGUGUGCGCGUGAACUGUGUGUCGGCGGGCUUGGUGGCGACGCCGAUGGUGUGCGACGCAUUGAAGAUUAGUGCGGAAGAGCUGCGGGAGAAAAUGGCGGCGGUUUAUUCGGGAAGGGAUGAACCGCUGAUGGAGAAAAACGUGGCGGAUGCGGUGGUGUUUUUGGCUUGUGAGGACUCGGCGUUCGUCACCGGCCAUAAUUUGGUGGUUGAUGGUGGACUCGGCUCCAAGACCAUAGCUCUAUUGGAACAAUGAUGAUACAGGACACUCUGAUUUGUUGCAAAAGUAUCAAAGUAAUAAUGUUAUGAGCUGACCUGAGCUCAAUAAGUCCAAUAGUGAAUAAACAUUGUUCUGGGUUCUUAAUUUCUUAUGAUUAAUUCUCUCUCCA